AGAGCUUGACCGCUCAUCGACAGCUCUCCCGACGUUCGACAUAUGCGCCGCCAUCUUCCGCUCCCUACGCCUCUCCUCCCAGUGUUUUUAUUUUUAUUUUUUUGUCCAAGAAGCGGGUGAAGAGCAGGAGCCGAGAAGCCGAGAUAGAUUCAGUCUGCAGCGAUGAGCGGAGCCAAAGCCCGCAGCGACGCGCCUGUUGCUGAAAACGUCUCCAGCGGCGGGCACGGCUCUACCGGCCCUCCGCGGGACCGCAAGCCCGGCGGAGGCGUCUUGAAGAGGCUCAAGUCCCGGAGAAGCCAGCUGGAAGGCAGGCCGGUGACCGAGGAAGAGCUGCGGGCGAAGAGUGAACCUAUCCGUCCGGAGGAUGUGCUGGGGCUGCGAGCUGCUACCAGAGGAUACCUUUGUAAACCUGAGGACAACAUUUACAACAUUGACUUUGUUCGUUUUAAAAUCAGAGACCUGGAAAGCGACACCGUCCUGUUUGAGAUCGCCAAACCUCCGCUUUCAGAUGAUGAGGAGGAGAACAGGGACGGAGACGGCACAGCGGGCCGAUUUGUUCGUUACCAGUUUACGCCGGCUUUCCUUCGUCUGAGGACUGUGGGAGCUACGGUGGAGUUCACGGUUGGGAACCGGCCCCUAAACAACUUCCGGAUGAUCGAGAGGCACUACUUUCGUGAACAUCUGCUCAAGAGCUUUGACUUCGACUUUGGCUUCUGCAUCCCAAGCAGCCGUAACACCUGUGAGCACAUCUACGAGUUCCCUCAGCUCUCCGACAGCCUGGUGCAUCAGAUGGUGGAGUUUCCUUAUGAGACGCGGUCGGACAGUUUCUACUUUGUCGACAACAGACUGGUCAUGCACAACAAGGCCGACUACGCCUACAACGGAGGACAAUGAUGGUGGCUUCCUGGCAUGCGAGGAUCUGCUGCUCACAUCUGUUGACAGACAUGUACACACAUGCAUGCAUUCUGCAGAACAUCCAACUCGAACGUUCACCCAUGCCGGCGCUCUUACAGGCUUGUUGAAGCUGCCUCUUGUUUCAUAGAGGUCCAGCGCCGGCUUGUUUCAUUUUCAUGGUGUUUUCAUCUUGCUGCAAGUUGAUGGUAGUCUUCAUUAGACAUAGGAACAGGAAGAGGCUCCAUUUAUCAUCAGUUGUUUAGUUUAAAAUGUUGACAGAUAUUUAUUUGAUACUUAUAAAGAGGGCUAAUCACUAAUGGCUGUGGAACAUGUGUUUAAAACAGGUCAAACAGCCAUUGGAUGGAUGAUCAGACUUCUUUUAAGUGUUCCGGCUAUACUAUUGAAAUCGCCAACACACACACAUGCAGGCAUCUGAACACACACUCAAUCCCCAAGUGGCACCCAUAGUGUUUGUCAGAAGCAGCUGCCGCCUCCGCAAUCCACUCCAGACAACACCAGGGGAGAGGAGGGGAAAAAAAGAGAAACGAUCCACAAAAAACAGGCAUGUCAAACACACAUGGUUACUCCUGCAUUCUCCUCUCUCUAUCCCUUUCAUUUCUACACAAAAAGACACGUCCGCACUAGAGCCGAGUCUCAUCAAAGGUUUUUUUUUUCUUUUAAAUUUAAGCCUGUUUGAUUUUAACAUGAAACAAGAUCAGGUAACAGCUAACUCUGCUUUAAUUCUUCAAUAAUCUGUUAAAUAAAAACAGCCAACAGUUUGAAAUAGAAAAUCUGUUUUUAAGAGCGUUUUAAUAUCAUGAUGCAUGCAAUGAUACGUCUUAAGAAAAUAUUUAUGUAAAGAAAAAGAAAAAAUAAAAAAGUACGGAUAUUCAUUUCAAAGAAUAUGGAACAUUUUGGUUUUAACGUGAUGGGGUGUUUAUUGAAAGAAGAUCUUUUGCAUUUAAGAAUAUUUAAAUAGGAGGAAGAAUCUUGAAACGCUAAUAAGUGAAAUAUUCAUUUCAUGAUGAAAUGUUGAACAUAACGUGAAAAUAAAGAGAUAAAAUCGUGAAA